AUGUCGCUGAUCUCCGCUCGUUUGGCCUCCUCUGUGGCCAGGCGCUUGCCUAAUGCGGCGUCUCAGGUUUCGAAAAUUGCGGCUCCUGCGGUGGCCGUCGCGUCCCGCAAGCUGCACGUAUCUUGCCCACAACGGGGUUCCGAAAUCUCCGCCAUCCUUGAGGAGAGAAUCCUCGGUGCCGCACCAAAGGCCGACUUAGAAGAGACUGGCCGUGUGUUGAGCAUCGGUGACGGUAUUGCCCGUGUGUAUGGCCUUAAGAACAUUCAGGCUGAGGAGAUGGUGGAAUUCUCCUCUGGCCUUAAGGGAAUGGCCCUCAACUUGGAACCUGACAAUGUGGGUGUGGUAGUGUUUGGUAACGACAAGCUGAUCAAAGAAGGUGACAUCGUGAAACGUACUGGUGCUAUUGUAGAUGUGCCUGUAGGAGACCAACUGUUGGGACGUGUAGUAGAUGCUCUGGGUAACCCAAUUGAUGGAAAGGGCCCUGUUGACACCAAGUCGCGUAUGCGUGUCGGUGUUAAGGCUCCUGGAAUCAUUCCUCGUGUUUCUGUGCGUGAGCCUAUGCAGACAGGCAUCAAAGCUGUAGACUCCUUGGUGCCCAUUGGACGUGGUCAGCGUGAGUUGAUCAUUGGUGACCGUCAGACUGGCAAGACUGCACUUGCUAUUGAUACUAUCAUCAACCAGCAGCGUUUCAACAAGGGCGAUGAUGAGAAGAAAAAGUUGUACUGCAUUUAUGUUGCCAUUGGUCAGAAAAGGUCAACCGUGGCGCAAAUUGUAAAGAGGUUGACUGAUGCUGGUGCUAUCAACUACACCAUCAUUGUAUCGGCUACUGCUUCCGAUGCUGCGCCAUUGCAGUACCUUGCACCUUACUCUGGUUGCGCCAUGGGAGAAUACUUCCGCGACAACGGCAAACACGCCCUUAUCAUUUAUGACGACUUGUCCAAACAAGCUGUUGCCUACCGUCAGAUGUCGCUGCUGCUGCGUCGUCCUCCCGGUCGUGAAGCUUACCCUGGUGAUGUGUUCUACCUCCACUCACGUCUGCUUGAGCGUGCCGCCAAAAUGUCGGACAAGAUGGGUGGUGGUUCCCUCACUGCUCUUCCCGUCAUUGAAACUCAGGCUGGUGAUGUGUCGGCGUACAUUCCAACCAACGUGAUCUCCAUCACUGACGGUCAGAUCUUCUUGGAGACUGAGCUCUUCUACAAGGGUAUCCGACCAGCCAUUAACGUCGGUCUGUCUGUAUCCCGUGUAGGAUCUGCUGCUCAGACCAAGGCCAUGAAGCAGGUGGCCGGUUCCAUGAAGUUGGAGCUGGCUCAGUACCGUGAAGUGGCUGCUUUCGCCCAAUUCGGCUCUGACUUGGACGCCGCCACUCAGCAGCUGCUAAACCGUGGCCAGCGGCUAACUGAAUUGCUCAAGCAGGGACAGUAUGUGCCAAUGGCCAUCGAAGAACAGGUUGCCAUCAUUUACUGUGGUGUGCGAGGCCAUUUGGACAAGUUAGACCCCACCAAGAUCACAGCAUUUGAGAAAGAGUUCACUCAGCACAUUAAGACUAGUCACCAAAGCUUGUUGGCUACCAUUGCUAAGGAUGGACAGAUCACACCAGAGUCUGAUGCUGCCCUCAAGAAGAUCGUCACUGACUUCAUGGCUACCUUUGUCCAAUCACAGUAA